AUGGUAAAUAGCACAAAACCACGCACUUUAUAUGAAAAGGUAUUCGACGAUCACAUCGUUAACCAAGAUAAUGGCACAAACAUCAUCUUCAUUGAUCGUCAUUUGGUCCAUGAAGUUACUUCCCCUCAAGCCUUUGAAGGGUUAAGAAAUGCAGGCAGAAAAGUUAGAAGACCUGACUGUACUCUUGCCACUGUCGAUCACAAUAUACCUACUUCAACAAGGAACAACUUCAAAUCAAUUUCCUCUUUUAUCACUGAACAAGAUUCACGUACUCAAUGUUCUACUCUUGAAGACAAUAUCAAAGAGUUUGGCUUGACGUACUUUGGUAUGGACGAUUCAAGACAAGGUAUUGUUCAUAUCAUUGGUCCUGAACAGGGCUUUACUCUUCCUGGUACUACCGUUGUUUGUGGUGACUCUCACACUUCAACUCAUGGUGCCUUCGGUGCCCUUGCUUUCGGUAUCGGUACCUCCGAAGUCGAACAUGUUCUCGCAACUCAAACAAUCCUCUCCUCAAAAUCUAAAAACAUGAAAAUAUCCGUCGAAGGCCCUCUAGGCGAGGGCGUUACUUCGAAAGAUUUAGUCUUACAUGUCAUUGGUAUCAUUGGUACUGCCGGUGGUACUGGUUGCGUCAUUGAGUUCUGCGGUUCUACCAUCCGCUCUCUUUCAAUGGAAGCGAGAAUGUCCAUUUGUAACAUGGCCAUCGAGGGUGGUGCAAGAGCUGGUAUGAUUGCUCCUGAUCAAGUUACUUACGAUUACCUUAUGUCUAGACCACUUGCUCCAAAAGGUGAUGAGUGGGAUAAAGCUAUCAAAUACUGGCAAACUCUCAACUCAGAUCCUGAAUCAUCCUAUGAUAUUGAGGUCAAUAUUGAUUCUAGCGAUAUCGCUCCAACCGUUUCCUGGGGUACUUCCCCACAAGAUGUCGUCCCAAUUACUGAAAAGGUACCUGAUCCUAUGUCUCUUCCUGAAGGUCCAAAGAGACAAGGUUGUCAACGCUCAUUAGAUUACAUGGGCUUAGAACCUGGUAUACAAAUGACUGAUAUCUCUGUCGACAAAGUUUUCAUCGGUUCAUGCACAAACUCACGUAUCGAGGAUUUAAGAGCCACUGCUGCAAUUGCAAGAGGUAGAAAAGUUUCAAACAAUGUUAAACUUGCAAUGAUUGUACCAGGUUCUGGAAACGUCAAAAGACAAGCUGAAGCUGAAGGUAUCGAUAGAAUCUUGAUAGCAGCUGGUUUCGACUGGAGAGAAGCUGGUUGCUCGAUGUGUUUGGGAAUGAACCCCGAUCAACUGGCUCCACAAGAGAGAUGCGCUUCUACUUCCAACAGAAACUUUGAAGGUAGACAAGGUGCAGGUGGUAGAACUCACUUGUGUUCUCCUGCUAUGGCUGCUGCUGCUGCAAUCACCGGUAAACUCACCGAUGUCAGAACAUUAAGCUCAUCAUUACCAUCAGCUACUUCGACUGACGAGCCUGCAUUGAAAAUUUUAGACCCUAAGGAUUACACUUCAAAUCAAUCCACCAUUAAAAUUCCAAAGGCUGUUCCAACUGGUCCACCGGAAACUGAUGGUCCACCUUCAGCUGUUCAACAAACCAACAGAAAGUCAUCACCAGCUGGAAUGAGUAAAUUUAUCAAGUUGUCGGGCAUCGCAGCUGCGUUGGACUUGCCAAACAUUGACACGGAUAUGAUUAUACCAAAGCAAUUCUUAAAGACUAUCAAGCGUACCGGCUUAGGUAGUGCUGCGUUCUACGGGAUGAGAUACAACCAACAAACAGGUGAACCUGAUCCAAACUUUGUCCUCAACAACGAGCCAUGGAACAAGGCAAAUAUUCUUGUCAACGUCGGUGGUAACUUUGGCUGUGGCUCGUCUAGAGAACACGCUCCAUGGGCUCUAUUGGACCAAGGCAUCAAAUGUAUCAUUUCGACAUCCUUUGCUGAUAUUUUCUUUAACAACACUUUCAAGAACGGCAUGUUACCAGUUAUAUUACCACAGCAAGAUGUUAUCAACCUCUCUAACGAUGCAAAGGCUAUGAAAGAGGUAGAGGUCGACCUCGAGAGGAAGGUGGUGAGAAGACACAACGGCCAAGAAUUAUCAUUCGACGUCGAUGACUUCCGUCGACACUGUCUUCUUAAUGGUUUAGAUGAUAUCGGAUUAACAUUACAGAAAGAAAGUGAUAUUGUUCAGUUUGAAAAGCGUAGAUCGGACACCUGGCCCUGGUUAGAUGGUCAAGAAUACGCUGGGAGAACUUUCAACCCACCGAAAUCCACAGCAAAGAAAAUGGACUGGUAA